UUUCUUUGUGGAUAACACAUGAUUUAUACUAAUUAGUACACCAUAUCUUUAUCAUCUCACAUCCAAGAAAAACAAAUUACAACAUAUAAAACUUUCACCAUGGCCUCCUCCUCAAUUGCUUGUGUACAAUUCUCAGCCAAGAAAUCCCCUGUAAUUCCAUCAAAUUUUCUUGGUACAAAGGUUUCAUCUUGUACCACUACUCAGAAAAACAAGAAACAGAGAUCCUUGAAAGUAGUGGCUGCAGUUGGAGAUGUUUCAGCCGACGGAACCGUUUACUUAAUUGCUGGCGCUGCUGCUGUCGCAUUGCUUGGAACGGCUUUUCCUAUACUCUUUUCCCGGAAAGACCUGUGUCCAGAAUGUGAUGGAGCAGGAUUUGUGAGGAAAGGAGGGGCAACUUUGAAAGCAAAUGCAGCUAGAAAAGAUCAAGUUCAGAUUGUUUGUGCAAACUGCAAUGGUCUUGGCAAGCUCAACCAAGUAGACAAGUAAAGACCAACACAUCAUAUAAUAAUAUUAUAAUAUAUGUACUAGUAUUUCCUUUGUACCUAUUUUUUAGUUUUUUUGGCUAAGAUUUAUAGAACUUGUAACUCAUGUAUACAAUUUCUCCUUCAUUACAUUUUUGCAAGCUCUAAUAUAUUUGAACUUAGUCAAACUUCAUCCAAUUUCUGUUGUUUAGAAA